UCAUUUCUUCUCAUCCUAGGUGUUUGAAGCCAUAAGAUAAAAUAUAUACAGAGUAUAUUUUUACAAAACACUAGCUUCUUUAAACACAUUUCUAUUUGUUCAAACAAAAUGAGUUCAAUCAUUGGUAGCAAUGAAGCACAAAUCCAUCCAACAACCGAGGAGGAGGCCUCUUGUAUGGCUAUGUGCUUGGCUACGUGGUCCGUUCCGUCCAUGGUGUUCAAAACCGUGCUAGAGAUGCACGUCCUCGACAUCAUCUACAACACUGGCCCUAAGGCUCAGCUCUCCGCGGAGGAGAUUGUGGCUCAAUUACCCACCACUAACCCUAAUGCCGCGGUAGCCCUAGACCGUAUGCUACGCCUUUUGGCUAGCUUUACUAUACUCACUUGCACUCAAAAGGUUGGUCCUAAUGGACAACCUAAGAGGCUAUAUGGGCUUGGCCCAGUUUGUCAAUUUUUGGCUAAGAAUGAUGAUGAAGUUUCUUAUGCUGCUUUUGCUAAUCUUAUGCAUGAUAAGAUUAUCAUGGACACUUGGAAACAUUUGAAAGACGCGGUAUUGAUUGGUGGAAAUCCUUUUGAGAAGCAAUAUGGUAUGGGCAUAUUCGAUUAUCUAGGAACAGAUUCGCGAUUUUACAAGGUUUUUUAUGAUGGAAUGGACCAUCAUUCUACCAUUGUUAUGAAGAAAUUUCUUGAUAUUUACAAAGGAUUUGAGGGUAUAUCAUCAAUUGUUGAUGUUGGUGGUGCAACUGGUCUUACUCUUAAAAUGAUCCUUUCUAAAUAUCCUUCAAUAAUUAAGGCUAUUAAUUUUGACCUACCUCAUAUUAUUAGAGAUGCGCCAUCAGUUCCUGGUGUUGAACAUGUUGGAGGGGACAUGUAUGACAGUGUUCCUAAGGCUGAUGCUAUAUUUAUGAAGUGGACUUUUCAAUCAGGAACCGAUGAACAAUGUGUGAAACUAUUGAAAAAUUGCCAUGAAGCAUUACCAGAAGAAGGCAAAGUAAUAAUUUGCGAGUACGUUGUACCCGAAACACCGAAAACUAGCUACCAGGCUCAUACAGCCUUCAUUUGGGACGCAAUCAUGUUAACAUUUCCAGAUGGUAAAGCAAGAACCAAACAAGAGUACGAGGCCUUAGGCAAAGAGGCUGGAUUUGAAGCUUUUCGAUUGGUGUGUUUCGCUUGUGAUACUUGGGUCAUGGAGUAUCAAAAGAAGAUUGCAAAUUAAUCGAGUUAUUAAAUUAAUGAUAUGAUGAUGAAUGAACUUGAAGAAAUUUCGUUUGUAAUAAUCUAGCUAUUGUGUAGCUAGAGGAUGUUCGUUGGCAUUGGCGGACUUGGCCUUAUGCCUGGUGGGUCAAAUGACUCACCAGGGCCCAAAAUAUUUUUUAAGUUUUUUUAAAAAAAAUAAAUAAAUAAAUUAUUUUCUAAGUUUUUUUUUUAAAAAAAAAAUACUAACUUUGAACCUUUUGUUAAUGUUGUUGGGUUUUUGAUGAAAUGUGAACCUAAUGCUUGUACAAAUUUUAAUCUUGUCAAUUAUUAGUUUGUUAAUUAUUAGAAAGCUAAGCUUGUCAUGUUGUCAAUUAUUAGUUUG